AUGGCACAAGAGGAAAUACGUCAAAGUUAUACAUCCCUCUCGGAGCCACCAACAAGGUUAAAGCUAAGUCUUUGCACUAACCAGUACUCUCCUUUGCAUAACAUCACCACAGCAGCCAUGGCUAACAAGUCGAGACCCAAGAAAGUCAAGGCUCCCUACCGCAAGUAUGUGGGCGGUCAGGGCUACAUUACCAAUAACAAUACAACCACAGUAACCACGAUAAAUACAGAUCCAACUGCAAGCACGAAUACAGAUAUAAUAUAUUCUGGAUCUAUGGAAGAACCAGAACAGGCAGAUGAGCAGUUUCUGAAGAAUUUUGCACACUCUACUUUGAAGGAUUCUAAUGAUAUUAUCGAGACUCCUCAAGGUCUUUAUUAUUACGACGAACUGAAUGAAUCUAUCGUACAUAUUGAGAAAAGUUCAUUAUCCAAUGCCAAAUUCAACAAACUGAAGAGAUUCAUAGUUAAUAGGAAUAAGGAUAAGAAUAAUCAAGAGAUGCCAAGAACUGCAGAUUCAACGUCCUCAUCAGAACAACUCCCGAUCCAGGAACAACAAAUGACAUUACCAUGGGAAAUUCAAAAAAUGAUCUUACAAUACAGUGAAGUCAUCGAACCAUCUUUUCUCGUCGUUUGUAAGACGUGGUACCAUCUAUGUAUCCCAUUAUUGUAUUAUAGUCCCUCGUUAACAAGCAAGAAUUUUAAUAAAUUUGUCGAUGCCAUAAUUUCAAACAAGAAGAAAAAAUUAGGAGAGUUCGUACAAGAAUUAGAUUUAUCAACAAUUUUGCAAAGUGGGAAAAACUCCUUUGUAUCUAAACUUUUACGACGAUGCUCUCCGGGUUUAACCAAAUUUACUGCCCCACAGACAAGUUUCGGAUUUGCACCAUUAAUUUCAUUAAAGGCUUGUCAUCAAUUAAAGUACUUAGAUUUGGGAUUAGUAUCUGAAACAGUUAAGUUGCAGGAGCUAUUAGCAGCCAUACAAAAUUUUAAGCAUUUAACUCAUCUUUCAUUCCCCAGAAGUUCCAUAGAUUGUGAAGGCUAUAGAGAAUUUGUCUGGCCAACAAAUUUGAAAUAUUUAAAAUUAAGUGGUGGUAUUACCAAUGAAUUUGUUUGUGAGACAGAAUGGCCCAAGACAAUAAAAACUUUGGAAUUUUCAUAUUGUCCUCAAGUGGAUGAACAUGCCAUUUAUAUAGUACUCUCCAAGAUUGGGGAUAAUUUGACCCAUUUAUAUUUCCAUUACCCGAUGCCUGCAUUAAACGAACAUUCAUUAGAUCAUGUGUUCAGGUACUGUUCCAAUUUAAUCACCAUUCAAUUAAUGGUUGAUUAUUGUUCCAAAUGGUGUUUCUCAGAGUACAUGCUAACUCCACUUUUGAUUCCAAGGCCAUUAACCACUAUUUAUUUACAAUCAAGUGGGUCCCUGGGAAUUGGGGCAAAAAUACAUCCUGAUGAUUUUACCAUUGCAUUAUGGGAAAAAAGACUACCAUGUUUGAAAAGUAUCAGUGUUUCCUCUAAGCUAGGAUGGAAUGCAACAAGUGAUGGGGUGGAAGAUCUGGUAUCAGCAUUAGAGGAGCAGGACGCAAGUUUAUACGUCAGUUAUUAA